AAAGAAAGAACAAAAUUCUGUACUACGCCUACUAUUCAGAAACAGAUCAGAAUAAAUAAUCAAUAAAAUUUUCAAACACAACAAUUGAUUUGGCAACGAAUACGAUAAUAAAACCUAAAUAAUAAUAAUAAUAAUGGCAACAGGAACAUUUGUCACAGCAAAAUUGAUGCGUUCGGAUCAAUCAACACCAUGGGGUUUUCGUCUUCAAGGUGGCCAAGAAUUUUCCAUGCCAUUAUCAAUGGCCAAGGUAUCGGAAGGAAGUCUUGCUGAUCAAGCCGGGGUAUGUUUAGGCGAUAUCAUAUUGAAAAUAAAUGGAAAAGAAUGCGAUCAACUACGACAUAAAGAUGCACAGGAUCUAAUAUUGACUGCUGGCAAUUAUCUUGAAUUGUAUUUAGAAAGAGGUCCGAUGAACACUUGGAAACCAACGGUUACACCUGUCGGUUCGUUCGAUAUCCGUCAUUCAAAUAAAGCACAAUCAAUGGAGCCACAAAUUUUUACAAAAACAUCAUUGGCUAAAAAUCCAGAAGAUUAUGUUCCAAUCGGAAGUGGACAUAAUACAGCAGCUCAACCAUUCAAUGGGCCAAAAUUGGUGCAUAAACAAUUUAAUUCACCAAUCAAUUUAUAUUCGGAUAAAGCAUUGGAAGAAACAUUAAAUGCACAUUCACAAGUAUUGGCAACCGGUGCCACUGGAAUUAAUUUCAUAAAACCGGAACAACCGGUAAAUAAAGAUUCAGCUGUAUAUCGAUUAGUUCAAGAAGAAGAGAUGCGUAAAUCAAAAGGCUUGACCGAUUCACCUGAAAAAAAUGGCUUUCAUGAUCCAUCGUCUAGUGAUGCUCAUCCAAUACGUCAUGUACAGGCUCCAAGUGGACCUAGUCCACAAAAACAGAUAGAUGAACGAAAUCGUAAUGUUUGUGCACAUUGUGAACGAUUGAUUGUAGGUGUAUUCGUUCGAAUUAAUAAUAAAUCAUUGCAUGCUGAUUGUUUUGUUUGUGCUACCUGUGGAACUUCAUUGAAAAAUAUUGGCUAUUUUAAUAUCAAUGAUAAAUUGUAUUGCGAUAUUCAUGCCCAACAGAUGCGUGCCGUAUUAGGUGAAACCGGUGGUCAAGGUUUUCCAAGUGCACCGGAAGUUAAACCUGCACCAAUAGGAUUCUCACAACGACAUAUUUCACCAUUAUCUCAAUCGCCACAUACAGUUCCACAAUCACCAAUAUUACAACCAAGAGAGAUUUCGAUACCCGUACAAUCAUAUCAGUCUACAAACUUACAAACACAGCAGCAACACAAUGGAUUUCAAUCAUCGUCACCGAGUUUCAAUACAAUGCCAAAGAAAUUUUCACCGGUUGCACCACCAAUUGCACCGAAACCAAACUUUGCAUCAAGUCAAAUAAAUCGCAAUUCAAUGUAUGGAUCGAUGGCAUCACCAUCAUCGUAUAAUUAUACAACUGAAACUCAUUCGACUGUGCAACGAAAUCUAAAUCAACCAUCUAAUCCGGCAGCUGAUUAUUUAUCAUCAUCCUUAUCUAAACAAAUGAAUCGGCCAAAAUCAUGCUAUUCAAGCUUACCACCAACACCGGGCAAUUAUUCAUUAACAACUAAUACCUAUGAAACACGUACAACAACUACCAGAUUACCUGGUAGCCAAUGUAGUGGUUUUAAUCCGAAUCCAAUUAAUUUGCCUUAUCCGAAAACAGCUACGUAUGCUUCUAGCCAAACGACAUCGUAUUCGAUACCACCACCGAUUGGUUCUGCAGGUCCAGCUGGUACUCAACCGAUGACAACGCUUCCGUCCGCUUAUUCGGCUCCCAACUAUAAUGCUGCACAACAGCAACGUCAAACAACAGCAACAACAUCAUUCGGUAGUAAACAGACAUCAACUACAGAUAGGAAUCAAUUAGCACCGAAACGUGGUAAAGGUAUGCUACAGACUCAACUUACCGGUGGUGUAAUUCCAUUCUGUGGCUAUUGUUCGCAACAGAUUCGUGGUCAAUACAUUAUGGCAUUGAAUAAAACUUGGUGCCCAAAUCAUUUCAUCUGUGCCAAUAAUCUUUGCAAACGUUCCUUAGAACAAAAUGGUUUUGUUGAAGAACAAGGUCGUUUGUAUUGUGAAAAUUGUUAUGAAUCACAUUUUGCUCCUGGCUGUGCUAAAUGUAUUCAAAAGAUCAAAGGGGAUUGUCUAAAUGCAUUGGGAAAAAAAUGGCAUCCUGAAUGUUUCACUUGUACACAUUGUCGUAAACCAUUCGGUAAUUCGGAAUUCUAUCUGGAAGAUUCAUUUCCAUAUUGUGAAAAAGAUUGGAACGAUUUAUUCACUACAAAAUGUGUUAGCUGUGGUUAUCCAAUUGCUGCUGGUGAUCGUUGGGUAGAAGCAUUAAAUCAAAAUUAUCAUUCAAAUUGUUUCCGUUGUACGGUUUGUCAUAAUAAUUUGGAAGGACAAAGUUUCUUUGCUAAAGGUGGACGACCAUAUUGCAAAGCACAUGCCAGAUAAAAUCUAAAAUUUAACUAAUUAAUCUGAAAAUUUGUUUUUCAAUAAUAAAAUCUGACAUGAAAUAUAAAUCA